GCGCGCUCGCUCGCGCCGUUCUCGUGUUUGUGUUGUGCGAGUUGGAAAAUGUGUGUCUCCCGUGAAAUUGUAUUGGUGGUGCCAUUUGCCGUAUACAACUUUCAUCUGUGAAUAUCUGAAGAUGAGGUCCAUUGUGAUUGUGUUGUGCUUUCUGUCUUUCUUGCGCGAGGGAGAAUUAAAAGAUGAACAACUGAAAGUAGUAGACAAAACUGCUAUUGAUGUGUCGAGUGGUUUGAGAACAUACCACGUGAGGACUUCAGUGGCCGGACGAUCAGUGACUCCUUUUCAUGCGUACAGCAUACCGUCGGAUGCAAGUUUCUUGCUGUUCCAAGCUCACACUCAAAAUGUGCCAGUGACUAUUGCGUACAGUGCUGAGACGCCGCCCCCCUCGACAGAGAGUGAUACAGGAACCAACACAGGCUUGGUUGUUGUGCUCAAAGCAUGGGACACAGAUGCCAAAGUCUUUAUCCACAACCCAAGUGUCGGCAACAUCACAAUGCUACUCGUGGUCUCCUUGCACGGCUCUAAAGACCCUGUGCCUGGCGGCUGCAACAUGGAGUUCCCCGUAGAAGUGUCACCUUUCCUUCGACUUGUACUGAAGUCCACAGAACUGGCCGUGGAGUUUCAGCAUGCCAGCAUCGGAGUGCCACGCGAGGCCCAAGCUUCCAAGUGCAGCCGGAGUCUUCCACUGUUUCGGUACAAUUUGUACGUCUACUACCUCGACCAAUGGGAUCUGUCAGAAGACCACUAUCUGACAGCUGUCUCCAAAAUGCUGGACCCCUCUUCAGUGAAAAGCAAUGCACAUCUGGUGAAAGCCUACCGUGAAAACCCGAAGACUAGAGCACUGUUUCUGACUUACCCUGGUGAAGGAGCAGUGUAUUCGGUGCUCGUGGAGCAGAUGACCUGGGACGGCCAAAUUCACGAGGCUGCGUACGUGCCUAUUGCCACUUAUGGUUGCCUGUGGUACACACAAUCUGAAACCUGUCGACGGCUUGAGAGUGCCUGGGGUCUGGUGGUUGCAUUGCUCUUGAGCAUCGCUGGCCUUAUCAUCUGCUUCAGAGGCCAUCGAUUCUUUUCAUUUCAGAUGUUCUUCUUUGGCUUCCUCACAUUUUCACUAAUAAGCUUCAUGGUAUUUAUUGCCAUAACGAGGGCAUCUGCACGUGAUGGACUUCUGACAGCUUUGCUCGGAGGGGUGCUCGGCGGAUUGCUGUGGAUGGCCAUCUGGUGGUUAUUUGCCAUCCCUGUGCUGUCAAUAUCGCUGUCGGGAUUUUUCCUUGGCUUUCUUGUUGCAGCUGUACUUCUCUUUACGCCUCUAGGUGAAGUGGCGUUUCUUCAGAGCAGCUUGAGUUAUUGGGUCUUCGUCAGCUGUGUUAUGCUGCUCCCAACUGUGCUGCUGCUUCCACAGGCCCGGCUGCUGAGUGUGCUGUCUUGCUGCUUAGUCGGUGGCUACUGCACUAUCCUGGCAGCAGAUCAGUACUUGGGAACAUCACUCUCCUACGUGGUGCUGAAUGUCAUGCGGCGAUCCUUGGUUCCAGGUGGCUACCAGGCCAGCAACACAGUUCCCUUCCAGCUAAAUGACUUGCUGCUGUCCCUGACGUGGGCAGCGCUCUUUGUGCUGGGCACGGUGCUCCAGCUGUGGUCUGAGCGCGGCCGGGCACCCUUCCCCCAGUCACCGUACCACAAGUGGAUACGAGAUCGCAGCUCUGCUGGGCAGCCCUUGUUGGCGACGACGCCAGAGCUUCCUCCACCCCCAUAUGGCAGCAUAGGCGGCACCGCACCCCCCUACGAUCCACCGCCUACCUACGGGACGUUCUGAUUCAGUGGUGAUGGUCUCGUUGGCCUCAUUGCCUCAAUUGUCUAACCCCUGUACUUCUAAAACGUUCUUCCACUCGACAGUCCACCUCAAACCUUAAAAAGUAGAGGGCAGCACUGUCCCUUGACAGGAGUCGUCGCUGCCUUUCAGUAAUUCUCCUCGUUGGUUAAUUUUGUAUCCAGGCACUUUCAGCCUCAACUUGCAGACACUGGAGUUGUGGAGGUGUGUUUUUGAAGCGAUUUCUUGCCAUAAGAAUUACUGAACGACACUGUUGAAGUGCAGUGGGUACUCCAGUUGUACACAGCCGAGGAAUACAAAUCGACUCUCCCACAGUUGUUGAAUGCAGGAUUUAGCCUCUCUGAUAGGGUGCUUUGCAAGAAGAGCCCACAGCAUGUAUCCGAGUGAUAUAACACGUGGUUGUUACCUGUGUUACUAUAUACGGUUGUAUUCUAUAUUGCACUAGUCAGAAUGGUCGCAAGUGAUAGUACGUUUGUGAACAAAUAGGUUUUGAAUGAGUGUAGUGAAAUGUUUAUAACUUGUGUAAAAGAUUACAGCAUCUUACACUGUUUUCUGCUUGGAGGCGCCACCUUUUCUUAUCUAUCUUGACAAAAAGGAGUUGGCUUGUGUUGUCAAGUGAAAAUUUACUUGCCAGAUAACAGAAAUAGGACUGUACGGUGACUUUGCAUUUGUAGAUAGUUAAUAUACUUUAUUGUUUGUUAAUUAUGAUGACGUGAUACUCGUUUAUUCUUGCCUCUUUGGCCAGAAUUCUUUUAACUUCAUGUGCACUUGUUAUAGUUUUAAUACCCAGUUGUGGAAGGGGUCUCGCAUAUUUUUGAUCAAGCAACAUAGCAGACGUCGUACCUGAAGCUGUGCUGUGUACUGUGUACGUCUGAGAUAAGCUUUAUAUAAAGCACCAGCAGCAGGCAUCACAAACUGGACGUUCACCAUUUUCUUUUAUUCUUUUUCUUGUCUUUACCGAAACUCUUUGGGAUGAGCUAUAUUAAAAGUAUGCCUCUUGACAUUUCUAAA